AUGUCGUUCCGCGGCGGUUCUCGCGGUGGCUUUCGAGGUAGUGAUAGGGGUGGAAGAGGAGGAGGAUUCUCAAGAGGCGGAGGUCGUGGUGGUGGUUUCCAGUCAAGCUAUGGUCCUCCAGCGCAGGUUCUAGAAAUUGGCACAUUCAUGCAUCCUUCGGAAGGUGACAUGGUCUGCGAGUCCACCAACGCCAAAAUCCCCUUCUUCAACGCUCCGAUCUACCUCGAGAACAAGACACAAAUCGGCAAGAUCGACGAAAUACUAGGUCCCAUAAAUCAGGUCUACUUCACAAUAAAACCACAAGACGGCAUACAGUCUACAUCGUUCAAGUCGGGGGACAAGUUCUUCAUUGGAGAUUCCUACCGAAACCAAAAGUUCCAGGAGCAGGCAAGGUCAGAAAGACAGGACAACAAGGCCGAGGCGACUCACGAGGUGGACGAGGUGCACCCAGAGGAGGCCGUGGAGCUCCUCGAGGUGGGCGUGGCGGCUCUUUUGGCGGUCGCGGUGGCUCGUUUGGUGGUGGACGGGGCGCACCAAGAGGAGGCCGAGGAGGAUCAUUUGGCGGACGAGGUGGCGGUCGUGGAGCUCCGAGAGGUAGAGGACGAGGAUACUAAGGUCUCGGUCUUUAGUACUUUACGGCAUGCAUCAGGCGUUCAAGGCGCACGAAGGGAUACCCUCGGGCUUGUGUAG